CCCAAAACAGAGAAUCUGGUCCAAGACUCUGGUGCACAGCUUCAAUUUAAGUGACGAACAUCGAAUGCAAAAAAUGGUUUUCUCGAAAAUCCAUCGUUUUCUUCGCGACAUUUUGGUUUACGAACAGGAGAGAUAGGGAGGGAAGGAGCUGGGGUUUUUCCACUCCUUUUUCUUUCUUUCUGUUUUUCAUUCUCCAUUGAUUUCGAAGCCGGCAGAGAAUCUGAUCGGGUCGGGUUGCGUUUUUUGGAGGCGGGUCAGACCUUGUUGGUGCUGAUCGUUGCCAUGGUGGUGGUACUGGUGGUGGGUCUUCUUCAUUAGCUUUUACUCUUUAAUCAAUCAGGAAUUCAACCAACCUCAUUUUCGGAUAACCUGAAUUGGAUCGUGUUUAGAUUUUCAUGGCUGGGAUUGAGGAUAAUAUUGCCAUAAUUGGGGAUUGGGUGCCUCCUAGUCCUAGCCCAAGAACCUUUUUCACUGCAAUGUUGGGCGAGGAUAUGAGUUCAAAAUUUAUGUCAGAAGCUCUUCCAGAUAACAAAACUGAAGGGCUUUUUCUAGGAUCUCGAGAGCAGAUGCGAUCAGGUGAGACUCACAAAAAAAGUUUAAGGGAAAUGGGUGAUCAAUCAGCUGAGCUAGGUUUAAUCUCUGAACAAAAGUCAAGCUCGCGUGGAGGUCUUGGGGAAAGGAUAGCAGCAAGAGCUGGGUUUAAUGCUCCAAAAUUAAACACUGAAAAUAUAAGAUCUGCUGAUCUUUCAUCGAACCCUGAUGUACGCUCUCCUUACUUGACAAUACCAGCUGGUCUCAGCCCAACCACACUGCUAGAUUCUCCAGUUUUCCUUUCAAAUUCGCUGGCUCAGCCAUCUCCAACAACUGGAAAAUUUUCUUUUCUCCCAAAUGGUAAUGAUAGAAGCUCCACAUUGACCUCAGAGGUCCUGGAUAAGAACAAAGAUAAUUUUUUUGAGGACAUUGGUGCAUCAUCCUUUGCAUUCAAGCCCAUUGUGGAAUCAAAUCCCUCUUUCUUCCUGGGUGCUACAAACAGGAUUGUUCGAAAUCCAGCCACUCUUCCUCAGCAAUCGUUUCCUAGUAUUGAGGUUUCAGUUCAGUCUGAAAAUUCCCUUCAGUCCCAAAAUGCGGAAGCAGCUAAAGUCCAUUCUCAGAAUAGAAAUAUCCUUCCCUUUCAGGCAGACUUUGCCAGAUUAUCAGCUGAGAAAGAUCAUGGCAGUAAUACUGGUGCUGCAAAUCAUAGAGUCCCUGAUGCUGUUGGUGGUGCUGCUGAACUUUCUCCGCCUCUUGAUGACCAGCAGGAUGACGACCAAAGAGGCAGUGGAGAUUCCCUGGCUGGUGGUGGUGGUAGCGCGCCAUCCGACGAUGGGUAUAAUUGGAGAAAAUAUGGACAAAAACAAGUAAAAGGAAGUGAGUAUCCCCGGAGUUAUUACAAAUGUACUCAUCCAAAUUGUCAAGUUAAGAAAAAGGUGGAACGAUCUCAUGAAGGCCACAUUACAGAGAUUAUAUACAAAGGAGCGCACAACCACCCAAAACCUCCACCAAAUCGUCGAUCUGCCAUUGGUUCGUCUAAUCCAGUCCUUGACAUGCAAAUAGAUGGCCCUGAACAACCCGGACAACAGAACGGGAUUGAUGGGGAUUCUAUUUGGGCAAAUACACAGAAGGGAACAGCUUCUGGAACCCCUGACUGGAGGCAUGACAAUGUUGAGGUGACAUCAUCAGCAACUCUGGGCCCUGAAUAUGGUAACCAGUCUGCAGCUUUGCAUGCUCAGAAUGGUGCUCAGCUUGAAUCAGGUGAUGCAAUUGAUGCUUCCUCAACCUUUUCUAAUGAUGAAGAUGAAGAAGAUCGUGCUACACAUGGCAGUGUCUCAUUAGGUUAUGAAGGUGAAGGAGAUGAAUCCGAGUCGAAGAGAAGGAAAAUUGAAGCUUAUGCGACAGAAAUAAGUGGAGCCACCAGAGCUAUUCGUGAGCCCAGAGUUGUGGUUCAGACUACCAGUGAGGUCGAUAUCCUUGAUGAUGGAUAUCGCUGGCGCAAGUAUGGGCAGAAAGUUGUCAAAGGAAAUCCAAAUCCAAGGAGUUAUUACAAAUGCACAAGUGCAGGCUGCACGGUGAGGAAACAUGUAGAAAGGGCGUCACAUGAUCUCAAAUCAGUGAUCACCACAUAUGAGGGAAAGCACAAUCAUGAUGUACCUGCUGCCCGUAAUAGCAGUCACGUCAAUUCUGGUAACUCUAGCAGCAUAGCAGGCCAAGCUGCCUCGGCUAUUCAGAGUCAUAUCCACAGGCCUGAGUCAUCACAAGUUCACAACAGCAUGGCAAGGUUUGAGAGGCCUGCUGCAUUUGGUUCAUUUACCCUGCCCGGAAGGCAGCAGUUGGGACAUUCUCCCGGCUUCUCUUUUGGAAUGAAUCAAGCAGGGUUUACCAAUCUAGCCAUGGCCGGAUUGGGCCCCGGACAAGCCAAGCUACCAGUCCUACCGGUUCAUCCGUAUUUAGCACAGCAACGACAGGUGAAUGAGAUGGGUUUUAUGUUGCCAAAAGGAGAACCAAAGGUGGAGCCGAUGUCAGAACCUGGUCUAAACCUUUCAAAUAGUUCAUCAGCAUACCAACAGAUAAUCAGUAGGCUGCCGCUUGGACCACAGAUGUAAAUUUUUUUCUUUGUUUCUCUCUUUCUUUCUUUGAAAUAUCUUACCUGUUUCAGUUGGCACCAAAUAUUUUUUCUAUUGUUGGGAAGAAAGUAGAUAUAAUUUUAUUAUAUUAAAUCGUUAUAUAUGUAAAUGGGCAUUUUAUUCUCGCGCUCUGCCAUUUUUGUUCCUUGA